GAGUGCGUCCAUGGCUCCUAAGAAGGGACCAAACACUGAAGAAUGUGUGGAAAAAACUAUUAAGCUGACAAGGUCCAAGGACCUUCAGCUUCACCAUCUACCUCUUGUAAGUAAAUUGCUUAGCCCUCUACACCCUGUAAAAAAAUUCAUGAUUUGUCUGUGUGGCACACACGCAUACGCCUGGUGGGUUAAAACACACUGAGGAAUUCUGUCGAGUUAAUUUUGCAUCUUCUGCAGGAUGUUUUACGCUGCAUACUGUCACGAUUGACACUGAAAGAAGCUGUACGGAUGAGCAUACUGUCUAGGAAGUGGGAGCGGCUUUGGAAAUGCUGCCCAAAACUAGUGUUCACCAGAGCCACAAUGCGCAGCAGCAAUGCCAUGUUAGGCCGCCAAAAAACCUCGAAGACAAGGUUCGUCAGGCGUAUCAACAGCAUCCUGCGGCAGCUACAAUCAGCUAGCCUGAAUAAGUUUGUGGUCAAGUUCGCGCUUCGGAAAAGGCACAAGGCUCACAUUGAUAGAUGGGUCAACUUUUCUGUCGCAUCAAGAACAAAACAUUUGGUUCUUGAUUUAUGUCCAGGAAUGAAAGUUAGUAGUACCGACACGGAUGACAUGUACACCUUCCCACUCCAUCUUUUUGAUGCCAGUAGUGGUUCUUGUGUCAAGUCUCUUCGUCUAGGGUUCGUCUAUUUAACGCCACUCCCUGAUCUCUGCGGAUUUGCGAACCUUAAGAAACUCUCUCUGCAUAUGGUGACCAUCACAGGGGAAUUCUCGUGCUUGCUCCCAGUAUGUGCUGUUCUUGAGUGGCUAAGCAUCACCAGAUGCAGAAUGGCUGGGCUAAGCAUAGCGCAGGAACUAAGCCAGCUGCAUUAUCUAUGCGUGCAGUUCUCUUUCCUACUGAAGUUAGAAAUCCGGGCUCCAAACCUUGUCACCUUCAUGUUCAACGAUCAUGCUAUACCUAUCAUGCUUGGUGAACCUCUGAUAAUUUCAGAGGCGACGAUUGGUUUGUUUUCGUCCUCCGACUGUUUCAAUUAUGUCUUCACUGAUCUUGUCAAUGCUCUUUCACAUGUGCAGUCUCUCUCCAUAAACUUCAAAAUUAACACCGAGGUGCUGGGGUUUGUGAAAAAUCCUACCAGACUUACCAAUCUGAGACAUUUGAUCUUGAAUAUAGAUAUUUCUGGGUGGCCAGAAACUACUGGUGGAAUUCUUCGUUUGGCUUACAUUUUGAAGCUAGCCCCCUUUUUGGAAGAGUUGGUACUCCAUGUAAGUGUGUUCUCAUAUUACCAUGCAAAAUGCAAACAUGAACUUGGAUACAUUUAG